AUGUCGCAAUCCGACUUACAAGGAACAACGGUCAAAGUGAAUCCAGUGCCGUGUCAAACGGGCGGGCUGAAUAGAAUUCUCGUGUCAUAUGGUGGAGCGUUGAUGUGGUCUCUGGCAACCAAUGAAUGCCGGACGUGGUUUGCUUUUAUUUCCCAUUUCCAUGCCUUUUGGCCGCGAAGGAUUGAGUUCUGGCAUAAUGAUCGUCUAAUCACUGCAGAAAAUUGGGACAAGGUCCUAAAACUGGCUGAAGGGCUAAAGGGCGAUGUGAAGUUGAAGUUGAAGCUGGCGUAUGAUGUCCCCCGAGGAACGGCUGAUUGCCUACAAACGGCUAACGAGAUCAUCAGGCAACCGGAUAUGCCUCGAGGGUUGUUCAUCGUGGGUUCCAAGGCAUCUGGAAAGCGUCCUGAACACUCGGCAGCAGCUCCAUUGGAAUAUCUGCACGUCUUCACGCUUGUGUCGAAAAGCUCAGAAUCGACUGGUGACGCUGUACUCCAGGACCUACAGGGCCAACUAUCGGCAGCCGAAAAGUUCCUGACGGAGAAGACGUCGUACUCAGCACAGAGAGGAUAUAAACGAUGCGGACUCAUGACGAGAGAUGGUCUACACGAGUAUCUGGAAAAACUCGCAGCUCGCGUCGACGAGAAGAAAAGUGAUACAGCCCGCCGCUCGUAUGAUGACAGCCUCGCCGUCUUCAACAUGGCGGACAUGCUGUUCCAAACAUUCUUCCCUCUCACAUUCCACGGACUUCCCACCACAGGCAAAUACUGGGGCGCGCUGAGCAAGCUGCUGAAGAUACCCGAGCUCGAUGGCGACAAUGCUGUAGAUGCAACCCCCUCUUCCAUUUUGGACAUCAAAAACGCUCUCUUUGACUUGACUCAGGACAUACCGUCGUUCCAAGAUAUCAUGGCAUUUGCAGGAAAAGAAGAUCGGGCUGCCAUGACAUUGCCCAAUGAGCUUGUGACUGCGUGGCUACACAUCGUUUUCGGCCUGAUUUACAGUACCUAUGCGCCGGACUGGCAAAGCCACAUGAUAAAGGCCAGACAGCUGAUGAGAGACGGAAUGCAGAAGCUGAUUCAGGGCAUUUCCAACGAUAAUCUGCUGGACAAGGCUGUCAUGCUGCCAACUGAAAUCAUGUCGCUCAUCACACUCAAUCUCUUGCAUGACGACGUGGGGAAGUAUGAUGACAUUGGCGACACGUACUCGCUCUACCUCAAUCUCCUAGACACAGACAUCACCACGAAGCCAUCCAAUCGGACGUAUCAGCAUCGAAUUGAUCUCGUCAAGCAAGAAAUGACCGCCAUCAAAAGGACCCUAGCGAAACAGCGAAGCAUAAUCGCGAUGCUGAGGAAUAAGACCAGCUACGCCCAAGGAAAUUUCGUCGUCAGAUACGGAGAGGAGAUGCCACCGCGCAUGAGAACCGACUACGAGGACGACGUGAGAACUGCCCCCGGGUACAGACAUCGAGCUGCUGAAGUCAGGACGCUUGGACUCGGCGACUACGAGCGGCGCGGAGUCGGUGUCCAGUUCCUCGACGACUUGGAGGCAGCUUCCAAGCUGUCGUCGACAGACGCGGGAGGGUUUCGAGGCCUCUUUCUGGCCGACUGCGCGAAGCUCAUAGAACAAAGAGAGUACGAGUUCCGGCGAAACACAGAGUAUGCCGAGGAUCUCGAGCGAGAGAUAUCGUACAAGAUGGAGUGGACCAAGGACAAGCAGGAGAACGCCAUCUACGCGUUCACUCUGGUGACGAUCAUCUUCCUGCCGCUGAGCGCCAUAUCGAGCAUCUUUGGCAUGAACACCAACGACAUCCGCAACAUGGACUUUGACCAAUGGCUCUACUGGGCGGUGGCCCUGCCUGUCACCAUCAUCAUCAUCAUUGCGGGCCUGUGGUGGAUGGACGAGCUCGGCAACGCAACGGACUGGCUCCUUGGCAGGCGCGGUCGUUCGCCGGAGUACGGGGGGCCCUCGCUGCCUUCCGGAGCCGGCGUGGCUAGGCCAAGUGUGCCAGUGACGGACUAUGAGUCGGCGAGCCUUGACAGCGAGGAGAUGCCCGUUGCGCAUCAUCGAGCGCGAUAUCUGCGGCCGACUAUGCGGAGUUAUAGCGGCAAUGUUGAGGUUGUCCUGCCUGCUGUGCCGCGGCCGCGAAGGCGCAGGAGCUCUUACUACAAAUACUGA